UUUAUUAUCAUAGAAACAGACAGCGUGGAAGUUAUGUAAUCAGCAGUCAAGUUUGUGACAUUCUCGCUGAGUAGGGUGAUUAGUGAAUAAUGUGAUUGCGGGUGAUCUACGUCUGUGCGGGUGUUUUAAUUUUAUUUUUAAAAAUUUGCUUCAAUGUGAUUAAUUUCUCCCGAGGAGUUAUAGACGAAACCGUGUGAUUCAUAAAAACUGUAGACGGGACUAUGCUAUCACCAUACAAUGUUCCGUGCCUUAUUUAAUUUUAAUUGUUUUUCGCUCAUUAUUCUGAUUUUACCUCGCACCACCACGGAAAAUGUCAAUAUAUUUAAGAAGCCAUUGGAUUUCUUGGAAUCUAAGUAUGGAGCUUUUCCAGAAAAACUUCGUUUGCAAAUGCUGGAAGAAUCGAAGAAAAUGUUCUACUUUGCAUACGAGAAUUACAUGGAAUAUGCCUUUCCGAUGGACGAACUUAAUCCAAUAAUGUGCACUGGAAGGGGCCCAGACUAUGACAAUCCAUCAAAUAUCAACAUAAAUGAUAUCUUAGGGGAUUAUUGUCUUACUCUUGUGGACACAUUAGAUACAUUGGCAAUAAUGGGAAAUGCAACUGAAUUUCAGAGAGCAGUUGGCCGAGUUCUGUUAAAUGUCAGUUUCAACAAGGACAAUGUUGUGCAAGUUUUUGAAGCCAAUAUCAGGGUUAUCGGCGGCCUUAUCUCUGCUCAUUUGCUUAUCAUGGAUCCAGAUGAGCCAUUUGGUCAGUUACGCCCUUCAGGGUAUGAAAAUGACCUACUCUAUCUUGCACAUGACUUGGCAUCUCGCUUGCUACCAGCAUUUGAGAAGAGCUCAACAGGCAUUCCAUAUCCAAGGGUGAACCUGAAGGGUGGUAUUCCGGCAAAUGCAGUCUCAGAAACCUGUACAGCAGGUGCAGGAUCCUUGCUAUUAGAGUUUGGAUUACUUAGUCGUUUACUUGGUGAUCCGGUCUAUGAAGGUUAUGCACGCCGUGCUAGCCAGGCCCUCUGGAACCUGCGGUCACAGAAAACGGGUCUUCUUGGCAACGUGAUAGAUGCAGAGUCUGGUCGCUGGUUGGGUCAUCAGAGUGGGCUCGGUGCUGGGCUGGAUUCAUACUACGAGUACCUUCUGAAGUCAUUUGUGCUGUUUGGUGAUGCCAGUGACUACGCCAUGUUUUCAGAGGCCUACAAGAACAUUAAACGAUAUAUGCGCAGAGGGCGUCCUCAUUGCAAUAGAGGUGUCGGUGAUCAUCCACUUUACGUAAAUGUCGAUAUGUACAGUGGUUCUAUACAGACAUCUUGGAUUGACUCACUUCAGGCUGCUUUUGCUGGUGUGCAGGUGUUAUAUGGUGAUGUGGAAGAAGCCAUAUGUUCACAUGCAUUGUAUUAUGCCAUUUGGAAAUUAUAUGGCGUUCUUCCAGAACGAUGGAACUGGCAGCGUAUGUCUGCUGAUAUGGCAUUUUAUCCUUUACGACCUGAAUUAGUUGAGUCCACAUACCUCCUCUACCAGGCAACAAAGAAUCCAUUUUAUUUGCAUGUGGGCAUGGAAAUCUUACGAAGUCUCAACAAUUAUACACGUACAGAAUGUGGUUAUGCAACCAUUCACAAUGUUUUAGACAAGAGUCUUGAGGACCGGAUGGAAAGUUUCUUUCUUAGUGAGACAUGCAAAUACUUGUAUUUGCUAUUUGAUACAGAUAACCAUGUAAAUAAACAUUCAAAUCGCUACUUGUUCAGCACAGAAGGCCAUUUGUUUCCAAUCCAUUCUAGUUUCCGUAAAAAACCGUGGAUUGCAUCAGAAAAUUCUCAGCAAGAGGAGGCAUCACCAGCUUAUAAAGCCUCAUGUGAUGCUGUUGAUGCUGACAGAAUGUACUUUCUGCCACUCAAGAGUCAUUACCUCCAGCAGAUAAGCUUGGCUUUGGGGCUAGAUAACAUCUGAGACUGGAAAAUUUACAACAGGAGACACCAAAUGAAAUAACUCUUAGAAUUGCAUUCCAUAUUGUGUAAUUUUAUGUUUUGCAAAAAACUUAUAAACUCAGUUGUUACUUAAAAUAUUGAAAUUCAUUGUUACCAUUAUAACAAAAACAUAAAUGUGUCUUUUAUUUAGAGGUUAUGCCAGUGUGCUUUUUAUUUGUAUUACAUUUACAGCUUUUAUUUUUGAGUUGUGUAAAUAUUUUGUGUUACAAACUUAAUUUCUUCUUCACACCACAGAGUAUAUUUUCAGACAAUAAAAGACUGUGAUGUUGACGACUAUUAAUUGAAGGUGCCACUUUUAACUAUUCCAUUUUUAAAUGGGAGCAUUGAUGCUAUAGAUGUAGUUCAGUAUUGGAUUACACUCAACAAAUAAGUAUAAGCUUUAUAUAUAUGUCAAAACAUAUUUCCUGCAAAAUUACAUUUGGGGAUAUAAGAGCAAAUGUGGGACUGUUUGUUUAGUAUAAAUUUUAAAAUACUCUUGCAAAGUGAUUAAGUGGUAGACACUGGCCUUUUAUUUGGAAAAAGUGAGGUUUAAUCCCCAUUUGUCCAUUCUGAUUAAACAUUUUGGGGCUGAUGCUGUAAAAUAACAGGUAUGUUGACCUGUCCAAAAGUAUGUUGCCUUUAAUUUUAUGAGUUUCUUGUUAGUGUUAUGGUUCCCACUUGUCUGGGCUAUAUGGUGGACACCGUAUUUAAACACUUUUGGACAUACUGGAAAUGUAGCUACAUUUUUUAUUCUUUUUGUGGAGUGGCAUGUUUGUAAUGUACAGGAUCAGUAGUGUAGUGAUGGAUGCUUCGAUUAGGAAUGAAACUGCUCUCAUGAUUUUGAGGAAAGUAAUUUUUCCUAUUUUUGAAAGAGCUUAGAGUACAUAAUUCUGAAGUUAUGUUAUUUAUAAAUAUCAUUUUUAUUAAUAUCAUAAAAUCAAAAGAGGAGUGUGGACUUAAAGAUGCUUCUGAUGCAAACAGUGGCAUUAUUUCCAUACGUUUUACACUUCACAAGUAUAGAAAACAAAGUCAGGAACUUUAGACUGAAUUAAUUUUAAAAAAGCCUGGAUAAAAGUUGACCAUGUAUCAGAUAUUGAUGUCUCUGUAAGACAGUGCGGCGAGAGCAUUUUCAUUGACUUAGGUUAGAACAGCUCAUCUGUACAUUUUUCUGUACUAUAUUAUGUGUUCUGUGAUUAAACAUGUCAAGGAGCAAACAAAUCUGUAUGCCAAACUGAGUGUAAGAAAGUUACAAAGCAUUAAGUUCCAUUCAUCUACACGUGUUCUAGUGGAAUACAAAUUAUGGUCCAUAUAUGAUAGGUUGAUACUGUGUAUAUGAGAGCAACUGCUGUCUGUCCAAAUGUCAUGAACCAUUACAGGUUUCUAUCUAUUCUCAGAAACAUCCAUAAAAAAAUUGGACAUGAAAAAGGACAAACUAGCUAUGACUCACUGUAUGAAAACUGUAUGUGCUACUUUCUGUUAUGGU